UAUUUAAUCCAAUCAAAGCGGUCCAAAACCAAAUUCAAAAAAAACAUGUCCGUUACAAAAUAGGCCCCAAAAAUUCCCUCAGCCCCAAUUUCCCAUUUAUCUAGGGUUUUGAGUUACUGUUAAACCCUUAACUCAUCCAAUUUCAAACCAAAUUAUUCCAAAAUCAACCUUAAUUAAACCAUUUAAGCUUCAAUUUAAGAUGUGUUUAUCAGCAAAUGGCUUUGAGCCUAUGUUGAAAGAAUCAAUCAAUCACUUUUUAACCUCAUAUCGAAAUGGAAGUUCUGAUUUCUCUGUUUUUGAGUCGAUUUUCUUUCGUUUAAUCCAAACAAUGCCUGACCCACCACUUGAAAUUACAUGGUUUUACUCUGCUGUUACUUUUCACACCUCAAAAAAAUCAGCUGUUUUUAGCAAUGCCAUUGUUGCUAAAGACCUUUUUCAGUUGCUUAUUUCGUGUUCUUGUUCAUGUAACGGGACGAAAAAGAUUGCUUUACUUGCCCCGUUAGUGUACGUGUUGUCUGAUGUCGUUUGUGAGUUUAAGCGAAAUGGGGUGUGUUUGAAUAGUGAAAUUAGGGACUUGGUAGAGAAAGUUAGUGAUUAUGUAUGUGUAUGUUUGGGUGAUCGCGUAAACGGGAACGGGGUUGAUGAGGAUAUUGUUUAUUUUGAGGAAUUGGUUGGGGUUUGGAUGGUUGAUCGGGUUGGGAAGUGUGCGAAAUUUGAGGAGAAUUUAGGGAUUUUCUUUCCGAUUGGGAGUGUUGUUGAGGUUUACAAGGGUCGAAAUACGAGGUGUGGGAUAAGGGAUUUAGCUGGGAUCGUAAUGUGUGAGGUGUUCUUGCUUAAUUUGUCUUUGAAGUUUAAUAGUGUGAGGUUUGUAAAUGAGGAGUUCCAAAACGAUGCACGAAAUUGGGCAAUUCAGACUCUCAAGCAGUUCCAAAAUAUUGAAUUUUUAGAUCUGCUUCUCAGAAUUCUUUUGGAAAAAAGGCUUGUGGUCACUGCCUUAUUGAGUGCUGAAGAUGCAGUUGUUCUACAGAAACUAUUGUAUGAUGCUGUGAUAACAGUUGAUCAUUCAUUUCUAAGUUCUGGCAGUUGGUUUCAACUACCCGAAUCCUACUUCAGGAACUUGGCUCUACUAUGGUCCUUAGUAGUUGAUAACGCCAUACAGUUUGCUAGGGAAAUAUGUGAUCAAGAUAGGCUGAUUGCUUAUGUAAAUGCUUUCUCUGAGUCUCAGCUACCCAGUGAGUUACUUAAAUGGGUCUCUCUCCAGGCUGGCACAGAAGAGAACCGGAGUAAUCCUAAACUCACGACACCUAAAGCUCUCAUAAAGAGCCUUUUUGUCCUGGAAGACCAAGGUCUCUGGGUGUUUGAUCAUGACAGACUGAAGUUCCAUGCCAAGGCAGCAAUUUGCAAUUCAAGGCCGGACUGCUUUCUCCCUGAAGUUCAGCCUGAAGUCAAAUGCUUUGGGGAUGAGGAAAUGGGCGAUUCGUUGGACAAAACAUUCUCUGCUAAUUACUUUUGUACAGAUGAAUUGCCUAUUGAUGGUGGUAGAAAGCGCAAGGAUCGAGUGAAGGACACAGAUAUAAGAGGAACAGCAGUCAAGCUUGUUAAGUACAAUGUUCAUGAAAGCCCCAAUAGAGAGAAGUUUCUUCCUUUCUCUGAUGAAGAUAUGGAAGUGAUGGGGUGAUAUAACCAAAGCAUAAAUCAUGUAUAUUUAGCAGUGCUUGGACGCUAGUUGGCACAGUGCAUAAUGUAUUACUAACUAACUCGACUGUUCUUUCCUUCAUUUUGUGCUCCUCUUGGGGAGCUAAUGUUUUAAAAUGGCAUAUGUUCUCACA